AUGAGAUCAGUAGAAGUUGAGCCAUUCUAUGGAAUGGAUGCUAGAGAGCUAAGUUUGGUGCCUGACCUGAUUCUACCCCCGAAGUUCAAAGCACUAGACUUUGAAAAAUAUGAUGGAACUACUUGCCCAUCAGCUCACCUCGUCAUGUUCUGCAGAAGAAUGGCAGGGUAUACUGAAAAUGAGAAACUACUGAUACAUUGUUUCCAGGACAACCUAACAGGAUCAGCAAUUAAAUGGUACAAUCAAUUGACUAGAUCCCAGAUCAAGUCAUGGAGAGACUUGGCUCGAGCAUUUUAUGAACAGUAUCAUCACGUCACCGAACUAAUGCCUGACAGAUGGACAUUGCAGAACAUGGAAAAGCGACAUAAUGAAACUUUCAGGCAGUACGCCCAAAGGUGGCGUGAUGUUGCCUCACAAGUACAGCCACCGUUGCUGGAAAAAGAGGCUACGGUUAUCUUUGUGCAUACUCUGAAGGCUCCAUAUUUGGGGCAUAUGUUGGGAAAUGCUACGAAGAAUUUUGUUGACUUGGUUCUUUCUGGAGAAUUAAUCGAAAAUGCCAUUAAAAGUGGCAAGAUUGAAGGAGGUGAUAGGUCGAAGAAGCCCUAUUUCAAGAAAAAAGACAAUGAAGUGAGCCAGACGAGUACUUAUAAAAAGAACUACGCAGCCAGCAUCACGAUUUCGCAGCCUAAGACAGAGAAUACCAACACCCAUGAAAAUAAAGGGCAGAGAAGGGAGAAUACAAGACCGACUUUCUCACCAGUGCCAGUACCAUAUUCAGAAAUCUACGCCUCGCUCUUGAAGGCAGAUUUAAUAUGCCCUUACAAAUUGACUCCAAUGCAGCCACCUUACCCUCACUGGUAUAAUGCCAAUGCUCACUGUGAAUACCACGCAGGGAUUGCUGGGCAUGAUAUCGAGAACUGCCCACAAUUUAAGAAGGUUGUACAAAACCUUAUCAACGCUGGAGAUUUGGAAUUCAAAACACCAGCUGUAAAUACUCACCCUAUGCCCAAUCAUGGGGGGCAAAGAAUCAACAUGGUCGAAGAAGGAGAGAUCAGGACGACCAAGAGAAAGGUGUCAGAAGUCAAAUCUCCCCUCUGUUGGGUGUUCAGGCAGCUGUGUAUAUCGGGAAUGAUUAAGGGAAGUCCCGAAUCAAGGUCAUUGGAACAAGAAACAUACUGUGAACAUCACCAAACUAAGGACCAUGAUAUCCAGAAUUAUCCUGAAUUUCGAGAAUUGCUUCAGAAAAUUAUGGAUAGUGGAGAAGUGGAAUUUUUCAGUAAGGAAGAGAAACCACGAGAAAUAGAUAUUUGUAUGAUGGAUGGCUCGGGCAGAAUGACGGGGACGAGAAAACCGAUAGUCAUCACAGUUAAUCCGGGACAAGAGAGAUCAUCGUCAACAACUCCAAGGGUGGUGAUUACAACUCCGUCCCCCUUCUCAUUCAAGGAUACCCGAUAG